GAAAAGGUAAGGCGUCGUCUAGCAUACUCGAACAGGUAAGUCGACGUGCCAGGCAACUAUUUACAGCAUCUGCAAUGCUUCAAGUACACAGGAUUGAGAAGCUAUAUCAAUAUGCUUCAUCUCCUCUGCUUUGCCACCACCCCCAUCGACCAAGCAGAGCCAGCAUUUCAUUCCCAAACCCUGAUUUCCCUCCAAUACCUUGAGCCAGCACCCUGAAAUAUCAACAGCAUAUCUCUAUCUAUCACUCACAAUCACGCAAACAUGCCACAAUGCGUUGCAGGCACCGGCCCCAACGACGUAUGGUCAUACUGCCCCUCCCUCGCCGCAGCAAUCCUCUUCGCCGUCCUCUUCGGCAUCACCAGCACAGCACACAUCACCCAAGCAUUCCUCUACCGCAAGCCCUUCGCAUGGGUUCUGAGCAUGGGCGCCCUCUGGGAGACAGGAGGCUACAUUGUCCGCAUCAUAUCCAUCUACAACCCGUUGACCAGCGGCAUCUACACGGGUCAACUCCUCCUGAUCCUCCUCGCCCCUCUCUGGAUCAACGCCUACAUCUACAUGCUCCUAGGACGCAUGAUCCACUUCUUCUUGGAGAGUGACCGCGUCUUCAAGAUCAAAGCACGCCUCAUCACGAGAAUGUUCGUCUGCUUCGACAUCACGGCGUUCCUGAUUCAAGCUACCGGAGGCACGAUGACCGGCCCUGGCUCCUCCAACUCCACACAGAAGCUCGGUCUUGACAUCUACACCGCAGGCGUGGGCGUCCAACUAGGGUUUUUGGUCAUCUUCGUCUCUCUAGCCAUCGGUUUCCAGCAGAAGCUCAAGAACCAUUCCCGAUCGCCAAACGAUAUCGAGAGCACCACACGUCUUGCAACAUACAAUGGAUCACCGAACAGAAUGCCAUCUCCAUCUCCGUUACCCGCAAUGCCAGACGCCGGUCUCGCCAGACCUUUACUUCGCACGCUGUACAUCGUCAUGACGCUCAUCAUCCUCCGAAAUCUGUACAGACUUAUCGAGUUCGCUAUGGGUGCUAACUCGCCGACCGUCACGCACGAAUGGUUCGCUUAUGUCUUCGACGCGGUGCCCAUGUUCUGCGCUCUCGCCGUCUUGAAUGUCUGGAAUCCCGGGAAAUUGUUGCAGGGUCCGGGCUCUGAUUUCUCCGGACAAGACAAGGAAAGGAAACAGGCCAAAAAGGACAAGAAGGUGGCUAAGAAGCAGGAGAGGCAGGACAAGAAAGAAAUGAAGAAGAUGAGCAAGCUUGGUCUGGGCAAAGGGCCUACUUACGAGCCUGUGAACAAUUAAGGUCAGGCCGUUUUCACAAAAAGCGGCAUCGUCUGAUACGGAGGACAUCGACGAUAUAAUUUCGAGUUCGAGCAGGUUCAUAAGAGUGGGUGCCUUCACACCACAAGACAUAGGUUCCAUACGAUAGUGCUGAUGAGCUUCACCACCGUCAAGAGUCAAAGCUAUAUUGUUGUGUGUGAAGGACUGCAGGUUGACAGCAAGCGACUGCUUUUGCGUGCACAAAGC